AUGGCCAUAAAGGGUAUUUGGGACAUUCAUCUAUUCACAGCCAGACAGCCAGCUAAGUUGCCAAACAGUGAAACUCGAACAGCAGCUUUCCCUACACAGCGGCUUUCCCUGCACAGCCAGCCAGCCACAACCCAAACAAACAGGCCCUACGAUGUGCACCUUUGGAAUAGAACUACUAUUAAGAAUCUGCCAAAGCAGAAAGAUCAAAGCUCCUGUGGUCUGUUUGUGCUCUUGUUCAUACAGUACUGGACAGGAAAAAAACUUUCAAAAAAAAUUACACAGAAAGAUGUAGACAUUUAUAGGAAGCAACGACCAUGCGACAUGCACUACAGCGGGAAGAACAAGAUCGACGUAAGAAAGAUGUCAAAAAAACCAGACGCAGUGCCUGCUCGACGAUCGUCUCGCAGAAAAAGAAAGAGGACAGAAGAUGUUCCUGGGACUUUGAGUGGUGAAGACUAGCAAACCAGUUUACUACAAACAUUUGUCCUGAUAGGCCAUACAAAUUAGUUCGUGAUUAAAUUUUAUGCAAUAAGCUUAGCUAUGUAACA